UCACCUAAUGAUGGUGGGAAAGUCACAGGUAGUGUCUUCACGUUGGUUUAGAAGCCUGGACUAUUUUUAGAGUAACGAAACAUUUGCGCUUUUGUUUGUGCUGUAUAUUUGCUUAUUUAAGGACCAUUGUUGGUAUUACGUCGGUCUGAGAGGGGAAGAACGAUCCUAAACUUGAUUUAUUAAAUUGAUCUAUCAGGGGGUCAGUGCUGAAAAUGGUCUAAAUCUAUAUUGUUGCAUCGCUGAUGAGAAAUACAUGUUUUCUGGAGAUGAGGACAACCCCGACAAGGCGCCAGCUAUGUGGUGUGGUGGAGUGCGCUGUGUCCGUAUGCAGUGUUUCACCAGAACGAUGGCCAGAGCCUCUGAUCUCCAACACAUGGGAACUAGGAGACAUCCAACCCUGCUCCGGAUAUCCCUGCUGGUCCUUCUUCUCCAUGUAGCCAGAGGAGAUGCCUCUGUAGAAACAAUCUCGGUGCUCAUGUCUAAUGCAUCCUCGACCCCACCCCCCACAUCCCUCACAACCCCUCACCCAUCACCACUGCACACUGCCUCAUCCAACAUGACUAAUGAACCAAUGGCAUCCACCAUGCCAUCUCCAUCCACUAUUCUGCACUCGACUUCGCCCAUCAUAACGUCCACUACCAACAUGACCUCUAAAAAUGCCACAUCUCCAGGACCCUCCACUCCUUUGCCAAUAACAGUCACCUCUAAUGCCACUACGGAGUCAGCAGAGGUGCAUUGUAACUUCUCACAGCUCUGUGCCAAUCAGUCUGUGUACUACUGGAUGGUCCUUGCGGUGGAUGUGACUGGAGAUCUGAAGAAUGAAUCAGACAUCAGUGGCUGGUUCAGGGCUUUAUUUCAUUCUGUCUUGGACUCCUGUGAGCCCUCCAACCCUGAACAAGCAAAUGGCACAAAUUUGACUGACACACUGCCAACUACCUCUGUCAGUCCAACAUAUCCCACCCCCUACAACAUGACAACAUGGUUAUACAACUUCACCACGACAACACUAUCCCAGAACUUCACCAACUUCACCACGACAACACCAUCCCAGACCUUCACCAACUUCACCACGACAACACUAUCCCAGAACUUCACCAACUUCACCACGACAACACCAUCCCAGAACUUCACCAACUUCACCACGACAACACUAUCCCAGAACUUCACCAACUUCACCACGACAACACCAUCCCAGAACUUCACCAACUUCAACAUGACAACACGAUCCCAGGACUUCACCAACUUCAACAUGACAACAUUGACAACUAACAUGACAACUUUGCUUUACAAUAGUACUCCCCCACACAACCGUAGCAUGUCCGCCCCACCCUACAACCAUAGCAUGACAACUCUGUCUUCCAGCUGGCCCCAUAGCACCACAAGUGAGGAGCAUGAAGGUGGAAAUAUGACUGCUGCCAGCCUGUUUCAAGACAUUGAGGUGACGUGUGUCAAUAAAACAGGGAUCAGGAGGACUAACUGCACUGUGCUGCUGAGGACGAGGAAGCCAACGUUUCCCUGUUGUUUACAGCGAGCCCUGGUGCUGGGUCAGGAGAACAGCUCCAUACAAACCCAUAUAGUGGGAAAUAGAGUGGAGAGAGUGGGUAAGGGUCUGUGUGCAGGCCAAUUGCCUCCAAGUAAUGGUUUUGCAAAGUGCACCGGCUUCCUGAAUGGCACUCUCCCUCUUCCAAACACGUGUCACACUCCAGGGCCUGUCAAUAUCUCAUGUGGACAUGCAGGGACUGUUUACGUACCACUUGGAAAUCAAACCCAAAUGGACUGUGGUAUGCCCCCUAAACCUCCCAUCGAUUCGGAGAUUGUCUGCAACUGCUCCUCUUACUGCUAUGGUACAGGUAAAUACAAUAUUUACAACUACUCUUCUUACUGCUAUGGUACAGGUAAAUACAAUAUUUACAACUACUCCUCUUACUGCUAUGGUACAGGUAAAUACAAUAUUUACAACUACUCCUCUUACUACUAUGGUACAGGUAAAUACAAUAUUUACAACUACUCCUCUUACUGCUAUGGUACAGGUAAAUACAAUAUUUACAACUACUCCUCUUACUGCUAUGGUACAGGUAAAUACAAUAUUUACAACUACUCCUCUUACUGCUAUGGUACAGGUAAAUACAAUCUUUACAACUACUCCUCUUACUGCUAUGGUACAGGUAAAUACAAUAUUUACAACUACUCCUCUUACUGCUAUGGUACAGGUAAAUACAAUAUUUACAACUACUCCUCUUACUGCUAUGGUACAGGUAAAUACAAUAUUUACAACUACUCCUCUUACUGCUAUGGUACAGGUAAAUACAAUAUUUACAACUACUCCUCUUACUGCUAUGGUACAGGUAAAUACAAUAUUUACAACUACUCCUCUUACUGCUAUGGUACAGCUGCAUACUAUACUUUGGGCAUACAGAUCAAAGAUCCCACUAUGAAUAUUUCAAAAAUCUUCUAUAUGAUUGAUCAGCUAAAAACUCCUCCACCCUGCAACAACUCCUCAGAGACACAUCCUCCCUGUCCCUUGCCCAUCAUAUCAACUAUCUACCAGGAUGCUCAUGUGGAAUGCAAUGGCGCAAAUACCAAUCUCCAAAGCUGCAGGGUUAUCGUGCGCCUCAACCGUUCGGUGCCUAUAUGUGCAGUCAGUACUGCAUUGAUGACUGUGUUCAAUGACAAGCAUGGUAUUGGCUAUAAUGGAACGGUGACCCGAGCAGCCAUUUGUGGCUACCCAGGAUCCAGUGGCGGUCUAUUGAAUUCAACCUUCACUUGGGAGAGUAUCAACCUCAACACCACUUUGUUCUGUGAGGCUGAAAAGACCACUGUCAUUGUCAGCUGCAAACAAGGGAAAAAUGUGUGUGUGCUCCUGAAUGAAAUGUGCGACCCCAUGCCUCCUUCUACAUCGCCCAGCCCAAUGGCCAACACCACUUUACCUGCAACAACAAUACUGCCUCCUCCACCCAAUGUCACUAUACACCUAAACACCCCCUACGUCCCAUUGAACACAACAUUAGCUCCACUAAACACCACUUCUAAAGCUCCAAAUACUACACCAACAGCUCCAAAUACAACCAUCGCCAUGACAACCCGGGGUAAUACCACUACAAACUCAUCAACACCCAUCAUUCCACCAGUGAAUCCCACAACAGCUUCCCCAAAGUACACCACGACAGCUGUUACAACAACCCCCUACGUCCCAUUGAACACAACAUUAGCUCCACUAAACACCACUUCUAAAGCUCCAAAUACUACACCAUCAGCUCCAAAUACAACCAUCGCCAUGACAACCCAGGGUAAUACCACUACAAACUCAUCAACACCCAUCAUUCCACCAGUGAAUCCCACAACAGCUUCCCCAAAGUACACCACGACAGCUGUUACAACAACCCCCUACGUCCCAUUGAACACAACAUUAGCUCCACUAAACACCACUUCUAAAGCUCCAAAUACUACACCAUCAGCUCCAAAUACAACCAUCGCCAUGACAACCCAGGGUAAUACCACUACAAACUCAUCAACACCCAUCAUUCCACCAGUGAAUCCCACAACAGCUUCCCCAAAGUACACCACGACAGCUGUUACAACAACCACCGCAGCGCCCAACACCACAGCAGCUAGUAGUGAAGAGCAGGCCAAUCAGCUGCUGGAUCUGACUAGUAACGUGUCCAAGCUCAACUCCUCCCAGGUGGACCAGCUGGUGUCCCAGCUAGAGGCCCUGCUGGCCGGACCCAAUGUCAGCCUGGGUCUGGGGAAAACCUCUGUCAAAAUCGUUAGCAACCUGCUGGGUGCCUCCUCUGACACGCUGGCCUCCUCCUCCACCAAGAUCAUUGGGAUUGUUGAUACGGUGGGCCUGAAGCUGGUCGUUCAGCAAGAGGCUACGAUUUUAACCAAGUCGGUUGCUGUCGCUAUCAAAACAGUGGACGGCACUAAUUUCCAGCAAACAUCUUUCUCCAUCCCGGACCCCAACAAUGUGCAGAUCCGUGGAGAUGGCAGAGCCAGGAGAAGUGUGAGAACAGAGGCGUCCUCCCUUCCCCAGGGCUCCGUCACGUUCCCCUCCUCCCUCACAGCGAACCUCUCCCAUGAGCAGCAGCUACAAGCAUCCAGACUCCAGUUCAACUUCUACCAGAAGGCCACUGUGUUCCAGGACCGAGCCCUGGGAGACAGCAGGCUGUACAGUGGGAUACUGGGAGCCAGUGUGGCCAACCUGUCAAUCAAAUCUCUGCAGCAGGACGUGGUGAUCACCCUGAGAAACACUGAGCCCGUCCCAGCAAAUGUCGUGGUUUCAUGUGUUUUCUGGGACUUUGGCUUGAAUGAUGGCUCAGGAGGCUGGAACCGAAAAGGCUGCUCUGUCAGGAACAGCACAGAAAAUGAGACUGUCUGUGCCUGUAACCAUCUCACCAGCUUCGGUGUGCUACUGGACAUCUCCAGAACGGGCAUAACCAAUCAUCUCCAGGCCACAAUCCUCACCUACAUCACCUACAUCGGCUGUGGUAUCUCCGCCAUCUUCCUCUCCGUCACUCUGCUCACCUACCUGGCCUUUGGGAAACUGCGUAAGGACAUCCCAUCUAAGAUCCUGAUCCAGCUGUGUGUGGCUCUGUUGUUUUUAAACCUGGUGUUCCUGGUGGAUGCCUGGCUGGCCCUCUACCCUGACGCUGUGGGCCUGUGCAUCUCCACCGCCUGGUUCCUGCACUACUUCCUGCUGGCUUCUUUCACCUGGAUGGGCCUGGAGGCCGUCCACAUGUACCUGGCCCUCGUCAAGGUCUUCAACACAUACAUAAAACGCUACAUGCUCAAGUUCUCUCUCGUCGGCUGGGGCGUCCCACUCCUUGUGGUCAUCGUCGUUAUUGCUGUUGAUAAGAACAAUUACGGCCUCGUUAGCUACGGAAAGUAUUCAGAUAACUCCCCUACAGAUGACUUCUGCUGGCUGAAGAACAACAUUGCCUUCUACGUAUCUGUGGUGGCCUACUUCUGUGUCAUCUUCCUGUUGAACCUCAGCAUGUUUGUGAUGGUGAUGGUUCAGCUGUGUCGGAUAAAGAGUCAGAACCCCCACAACAUGAGGCACCGUAACGGGCUGCAGGACCUGCGCAGUGUGGUUGGGAUCACCCUACUCCUGGGCCUCACCUGGGGCUUUGCCUUCUUUGCCUGGGGGCCUGUCAACCUGGCCUUCAUGUACCUCUUCGCCAUCUUCAACUCCUUUCAAGGGUUCUUUAUCUUUGUGUUCCACUGCGCUGUGAAGGAGAACGUGAGGAGGCAGUGGAGGACUUACCUCUGCUGUGGUAGACUGAGACUGGCAGAGAACUCAGACUGGAGCCGCACGGCUACACAGAAGACAGAGAAGAAGUCAUUGUCAGUGACCAGAGCCACGUCCUUCCGCUCCGGCAACUCCUCCCAGUUCAACCAUACCUCCAGCUCCUCCUUCUUGACCGGUGACUCCCCAGAGCGGCCCAGUGGAGCAACAGGAAGUCUAUUUGACGACAGAACCAUCACAGCCCUUGAGGAGCUCAACUCAGACGUGGUCCUCAAUGAGGUGAACAGCCAAUUCAGGACUCAGAGUUAGAGAGCAGCCGAAGUCCUGUAAAAUACUAGGCCAAGUGUAGGCUGGUAGGGGAGUGGACUUACGUGAGACAGUGUGUUUCAUAGUAUUUUCUACAUUUAUAUGAAAUAUUUGAAUGUUAAUGCUGCAUUUAGUAGUUUAAUGGAAGUGUGUGACAGACCACACUGAAGAGAUGGGACAUCACUGAAGAUCCAGCAUGCUCAUGGAUUUCGUCCAGUUGACCUAUCAUCAUGAACUCGUCUGGGCUGGCACCUAUGAUUGUGAAUAUCAAUACAUGUACUGUACUGAAAAGGUAUCUACAGUAGCACGGAGGAAAAACCCAACUCUUACUGUAGAUCCUCACGAGCGGCAUCCUAUGACUGCAUACAACAGGUUUUAUCGUUUUUUUCAGCAUUCUUCAGAGGCGUGCGCUGACACAUACUAACACUGUCACUUCCUGGUUUGAUUUAAUUUAAGAUAAAGGCAAAGCUCUUUUAUACUGUACUCAGAAUCCAGAUAUUUCCAUGAGAUAUAUUAUGUGUAUAUAUUUUAAAGAGGCAUCAUAACAAUGGGUGUAUAAUUAAACGUUAUUUCACCAAUAACAAUUGUAUAAAUAACAUGAAAUGUUUUAUUUUAAGCUAA